UAAAUAAUAAAAAUAAUAAAUUUGUGUUAUUUUUUUAUUAUUUAUUAAAUAAUGUUUAUUUAUGUGAAAUGGAAGAUACAGAUGCAAAUAUGUUUUUAAUUUAUUUAAUGGACCGAUUUGUAUGGAUGCUUCUAAUCACUGUAUUUACAACAGCUGUACUUCAACAAUGUGGCGUUGUUGCAACUAACGAAUUCCAUGAGACAUCAACACCCCUUCAAGAAAAUUUCCAGUUUGAAAUGGAACCAGAUAAUAAAAUAUUUGAUUAUGCUGUACGACAAAAACGCCAACAGUCACCAUCUGUAUCGUCCCCUGUAAUUGAUGGUUUAUUUAAUCCGUCAACAAUUUCAUCCAAACCACACGACCAGGAAUACAGCAAAUCAUCCAAAACUACCAAAUGGCCAAUCAACAACAACCACCCCGAGGUCUUCAAUUUAAUACCAAUGGACAGCAUACACGUCGGGGUACAAAUAACCAAUCGGGAACAUCCCGAUUAUCGAGAGGAGGACGCUUCUUUGAUAUAUAGACUGAAUAAUAUUAAUAAUAAAUUAUAUAAUAGUAAUUAUGGAUACAUACCAUCUGUGGAUGCUUAUAUUUAAUAGCUCAAUGAAGCAUUAUCUCUACGCUCACAAAGUUUUUUUUACGCUCACAAAGUUUUAUUGUAGAUACAAAAAAAUUUAUCACUUAAAUAGGUAAACAAUUUGUUACGCAAGAUUUUUGUUGAGCAUUUUUUACAUGUUAUCCAGUUCAGCAAGAAUUAUUUUUGACGUGAAAACUUGCCUGAAAUUAAAAAUGUAAAUUUAAAAAA